AUGGAAACCCUAGACAAGGCCAUGAAGAUGAAGGAAAAAGUUGUGGAACGAGGGUCCGAAUCGAAAGUAGAAGACGAAUCUACUUCUCGUGUUGUGUUAGAUCUCGAGCUUUUUAAUUCGGGUUCUUUUCGUGCAAACGAGUCAUCAAAUGAGGAGGGACGACGAUUAAAACCUAAAGUAUUUACAUGCAGCUUUUGUAAGAGAGAAUUUUCUACUUCUCAAGCGCUCGGAGGGCAUCAAAAUGCCCAUAAACAAGAACGUGCAUCGGCCAAGAAACGACAUGGCCUAGUAAUGGAAGUAGCUGCGCCGCCGCCUCUUUUGGCUGGAGGCCGCCCACGGUAUCCUUACCAUCCUUACUCCAACUUUGCUAAUCAUCACCAAAUAAUCCCUUUUUAUGGCACUUUGGAUAGAUCGGUUGAUUCGGUUCGGUCCGAUUCCAUGAUUCAUAAACAAUAUAAUCCACGGUUUUCUUCAAGCCAUGAAAAGUUGUCUAGGUCAUUUUUUAUGAAUGAAAGGCUGUUGACGCACCAUCAAAUGAAUGCUGGAUUUGGCCAUGAAAAGUCUGAAAGAGGCAGUGCAGCUCUUGUUUUAAGGCUUAAUUCUAUGGAUAAUACAGCACCAAUUAAGGCAAUGGAAAGCAAUAUUAAUAAUCAAGAACUUCGACCGGGGCAUUCAAAUAAUGAUCAAACUGAUGCAUCGGGUCUUGAUUUGAAUCUGAAGCUUUAA